AUGAAUAUAUGUUUAAUCUGUGAAAAAGGUUUUAAAUCACUUCAAGAUUUAAAACUUCAUCAAACAAUUGUAUACAAAUACAAUAAGAGAUGUAAAGAUCUUGACAAAAUUCUACUUCAGACAAUAACUGAGUUUAAAGCCAUACUAGUUGCACUUAUUCACAGAAAAUUAUCACUUAAUUUUAAAUUUAUUGGAAAACAAACACUUAUUGUACCCUCAUAUCAAGAAUUGGCCAAAAUUUUUAAUAAUUCAAAUUGGGGAAAAAAAUUUUAUAAUCAGAAUCAACAAACUUAUGUAGUUUGUAAAGAUUCAGAUCGAUUUGCUAAUAUUAUUGAACAUAGUAUAGAAAAAGAAGAAAUUAAUCCAUUAGAACUUUUGGUUCAAAAUAAUUUACUGGCUAAUCAACAAUCUAAUAAAUCUAAAAGAUCACAAAUUUUUCGAGAAGAAGUUUUGAUAGAAUGGAAAAAGAAGCAAGUUAAAGAAGCUAAUGAUAAUUGUUGUUAUAUAGGACAAAUUCAUUUCUUAUUUUUUACUUCACAAGCACAACUUCUUAAAAAAUAG